AUGUACGAUCUUCAAGUGAGAAACAUGAGAGGUCAAGGGUAUGACGGUGCUAGUAAUAAGAGAGGCAUUUAUAAUGGAUUGCAAGCAUUGUUUCUUGAACAAUGUAUUUAUGCAUACUAUGUCCACUGUUAUGCUCACUGCUUGCAAUUGACAUUGAACGCUACAGCUCAAGGGGUGCAGGAGAUUUGGCAAUUCUUUAUAACCUUGGGUUUAAUUGUGAAUUUUGUUGAUGCUUCUACUAAGCGGCAUUCUGCAUUGAGAGCCGUAAGAAAGGAGGAACUUUGGGGGAACUUCAAAUUUGGUAGCUUGUGGGGAACUUCAAACAGUUCGACAAAACAGACUCUUAAUGAUAUGAUGGAUAAAGGAGUUGAAGGACAAGCUGAAGCUAUUCUCAAGGUUUUGAGUUUGAGUGAGUUGAAUAGAAGAUACUCAGAGCAAGCUUCAGAACUCCUUACACUUAGUUCAUCUUUGGAUCCUCGUGAUGACUUCAAGUACUUCAAAAUUGAAGAUGUUUGCAAUCUUGCUAAGAGGUUUUAUCUUGAAGAUUUUGAUGAUGGUGAAAUGUGUACUCUAGAAUUAGAGUGUGCAUAUUAUAAGAAGGAUAUGCGAAGUGAUCUAAGUUCAAGAAAUUGGAAUCCAUUGCCGAGUUGUGCCACAUCUUGGUUCAAACAAGGAAGUCAGAAUUUUAUCACAUGA